AUGCCAACGCAUCUGCAAGUAAUACCAUGCCCGCAGAAGCAAGUGAUUAAAAGAUUCAUUCGUGAUGUACCUUGUCCCCGGGUGAAAUCGAAGAAACCGCGGGAGGUAUGUCGAACAGACGAAAGCAAAAGAGCUUGGAAACAGAUCGACGAGGCAGUCUGUUCGUCCUCGAAAGAAGUGUCGCAACGUGUAACCUGUGCGACGAAGCAACAGCCUACGAAGUGUGCACCGAAAACGUGUCCGGGGAAGGAGGGUAAAUCGGUGUCGAUGGGGUGUCCGAAAUGCGAGAGCAACCGAAUCCAAAAGUUGGAAUGCGAAGUGUACCAAUUGCGAAAGGAGAUCGAGUGCAUGAAAUACGAGCGGAAAGAAGCCGAGAAAGCGAUCCAGAAGGCCAUCCUUCGCAGCGCCCGCGCUCUCGGCGGAAGAUUUAAACCUACAGUGCCGGGAUCGAUCGAGAAACUUUUAGAUACCUGCGAUAGCGAUGCGUCUUCCCAGUCUACGUCUUCGGUCACUAUCUGUGCAGCCGAGUCUACGUUGCCGGCGAUACACGCGUGUCAGAAGCGUACAUCGAGGAGAAGCGAGGAGUUCGAUUACUGCUAG